AUGGGCUCUUACGUUCACGGAGACCCGAACGAGCCGGUCAAAGUCGCCGUCGUCCAAUCUGAACCAUGCUGGUUCGACGUCGAGGCCGCAACAAACAAGACCUGCGACCUCAUCGCCGAGGCCGGUGCCAACGGCGCCAGGCUCAUUGCGUUUCCCGAGCUGUGGGUUCCCGGGUAUCCCAACUACCUCCACGCCAAGACGGAGAAGGAAAACUUUCCCUACAACCUCAAGUACUACCGCAACUCCGUCGACCUCGAAUCGAAGCACAUGGAACGGAUUCGCAUGGCUGCCAGGGCCGCCCAGAUCAUGGUUGUCGUUGGCAUCUCGGAGCGUCACCGGGGCAGUCUGUACAUGGCGCAGACGUUCAUCGGCCCGGAUGGGAGCGUUCUUCUGCACAGAAGGAAGUUCAAGCCCACGGCACAGGAGAGAAUCCUGUUUGGUGAUGCGUGCUUCGAACAUUUCCAACCGCUCCUCAAAUACAACACGUACUUCCAGGGGGAACAGAUCCACGUGGCUUCCUGGCCGAACCUGUUCCCGCCCGUCGGGACGAUGCCUUUCUUCAACACCGUCGAGCCCUGCACCAUGGCAACGCACACCUUGGCCGUCGAGGGCGCAACCUUUGUCCUCCUCGCCUCUUCAACGCAAACCGAAAAGGGCCUCCUAGCCAACGGACUGGUCCCCGAACCGAACACCGAUAGUCCGUCGUCAUCGUCAGACGGUACUGGAGAGGAGCUGCCACACACCGCAGUCAUCGGGGGAGGGUUCUCGGAGAUUAUCGCGCCAGACGGACGCACUCUUGUGAAAGCGCCCAGCGCGACCUAUGACGGUCUCCUAUAUGGCGAGCUCGACUUUGACGAGAUCUACACUGCCAAGAGCAUCGUCGACACCGUGGGGCAGUACUCCCGCCCAGACAUAUUCACGCUGCAAGUCAGGGGCGAGGUGCGCCGGCACUGCGAAUACGACCAGGUCGGCGAGUUUGCUCACGCGACGAGGUUUCCGAAUCUGCCGACGGCUCAAGGUGACUGA